UCUCUCUCUCUCUCUCUCUCGUGGUCUCUCUCUCGUGCGCAAGCACACAAAAUCACACACACACGUUCUAGUCUGGUCAGCAAACAGCUUCUUCAUGAAGUUAUUUAUGUGAAUAAUGCAAAUAAUGUUUCUGUAGGGCCCAAUGCAUGUGUCCUUGGUUUUUGGGCAGUUUAAAAUUUAAAUAGUGGCAGGUGUGUGUGGAUUCCCAUUUGUUAUUUUUUUAUUUUAUUUGACGUUGAUUUUUUUUUUCUAAAUCAGAAGUUACAAGUUACUCUUUACUUGAGUAUGUUUUUGACUGAGUAUUUUCUUACUCUUACUCAGGUAAAUAUUUGGAGGGCUACAUUUGGGCUACAUUUGACGUUUACUUGAGUCAUAUUAUUCUAAAGUAACAGUAGUCUUACUUGAGUACAAUAUUUGGCUACUCUAUCCACCUCUGGUUAGCAGAAUACUUUCUGGUUCAGGAAGAAUGACAAAAGACAUUAGGGAUAGAUGGACUGCAAUUGCAUUCUGGGGUGGGGUGAGCGAUUCUGCUAUGACUCCCGACAAUUGAAGUGCUGAAUUGUUUGUCUUCCUAUUUGUCAGCAGCGUAGUAGGGUAGUGGUUAAACCCUUUUGUCGCGCAGUUCAAGGCAUGUUCUCCCCCUACUUGAUUGGGUUUUCUCCUGGUAUUUUGGCUUACCCCCACAUUCCCAAAACAUGUUAGGUUCAUUGAAGACUAAAUUGUCAAUAGGUGUAAGUGUGAAUGGUUGUUUGUCUAUACAGUAUGUGGCCUGCGAUUGACUGGCCGCCAAUCCAGAAUGUACCCCGCCACCUGUCCAAAUUCAGCUGGGAUAGGCUGACAGGCCCUAAUAAGGACAUGUGCUAUAUAAAAUGGAUGGGGCCAUUGUGACAGAUAUUGGCGGAAUUUUGGAAUUGUGGAUUGCUGCACUUUGGCGCUCGGCAGUGUUCAUAAUACUAGUUUGCUACAGUAAUAGAAAAGGAAAAGAGGUCCAAAAGAGAGUGAACAGUGAGACACAGGAUGAAUUUUUUUUUUGCUGAUAAUGCUGCAAGGCUGAGAAGAAAGAACCAGAUUUACAGGUGAGACAGGUAAGGCUGGGAGGAGCUGUGCAUUGUCAGGUGUGGUUUGUCACCAACCAAAUACCAGCAGCAGACAGUGGAGAAGACAGUGGAUUUGAGCGAGAGGUGGAAAAUUAACUUGAAACACUACAAGUAGAGUAAAAAUAAACAAAACAACAACCCGUGCUAAGUGUGACUUCCACUAAACGCAAGAAUUGUGCAUGCACAGGGGAGAGAUGGCCCUAAAAGGGGAGGGUGACACUCCGAAGAUUGAGCUCUUUGUAAAGGCCAGCAGUGAUGCUGAAAGUGUGGGCAACUGUCCUUUCUCUCAGAGACUCUUCAUGAUUCUCUGGUUAAAAGGGGCCAACUUUAAACUCACCACAGUCGACAUGAAGAGAGCACCGGAUGUGCUGAAGGACUUGGCCCCGGGGUCUCAGCCUCCAUUCCUGCUCUUCAACGGUGACGUCAAAACGGACAUUAACAAGAUCGAGGAGUUUCUAGAGGAGAAUUUAGCGCCACCAAAGUAUCCCAAAUUGUGCUGUCGAUACAAGGAGUCCCUGUCAGUUGGAGAAGACAUCUUCCGUAAAUUCUCAGCAUAUAUAAAGAAUCCCAACCCUGGAUUAAAUGACAUGUUAGAGAAGAAAUUCCUAUCAACCCUGGUGAAGCUCAACAUGUACUUUGAGACGCCGCUGCCUCAUGAGCUAGAUCAGAACCCGAACGCCACAGAGUCUUCUCGUCCCUACCUGGAUGGAGACUCUCUUACUUUGGCCGACUGCAACCUGCUUCCCAAACUCAACAUUGUCAAGGUGGUGUGUAAGAAAUACCGCAACUUUGACAUCCCUGCAGAACUGAAAGGCCUAAAAUGUUACCUGGACAACGCCUACAAAAAGGAUGAGUUUCGCUUCACUUGCCCAAAGGACAUAGAGAUCCUCAUCGCCUACCAAUCGGUGGCUAAGUAUCUCAAUAAAUAGAUGAAAGGACAAACAGGUAUACAGUGUCCCAAAGGAUGCCUAUAUCCUUUUUUAAAAUGGCAUUUCAGGUAUCAUUCGAAGAGAGGUGAGGUCAUCAGCAUUUUGAAAUCUUAGGCUUAGCAGUUUUUGAAAGCGCAUAUCAUUCCUUUGUCCAUCGCUUGUUAAUUUACAUUGAAGCUGAGUUGCAAAAUUGCUGCCUUUUUUUUCAAUUUUUUUGUCCCCAACUACAGUUCAGUAAGUGUUUGAGAAGCUUUAUGGCUGUCACACUGCUCCAACGUGGAGCACAAUUUACAUUAUCCAUGACAAGUUUCUUAAAACAGGAUCUGUUCUUGACAAACCACGCAGCAGAAGGCCUUUUACUAUCACAACUGAUGAAAACAGUUCUAGAGUAGGCAUUAGCACAAAGCCAGGAAAGCUCUACUGCACUGGAACACAGCAUCAACAAAAGCUUAGUGGCUGCUUUGGAGUGUGAUAAAACCCCCUUCUGACCUCAGUUUGUUCAGCAUCAUAAUCUUCCACAAAAAGCCUUUAAAAAAAAAAACCUGAAGUCAAUACGGAGUGUAGCUUUGUCACUCUUAGAUUUGAGCUUCUGUUGAUGGUGAGUUCCGUUGCAGCCCUCCCGAUAUACUUUCCCUGGCUUUGCAAUUGCAGGCCUUCCGCUGCAUGGUUUACCAAGAAAAGACCCUGUUUUGAGAAACUUGCCAUGGAUUGUGUAAAUUGUACCAUGUUGGAGCUGUGUGAUGGCCAUAAAUCUUGUCAAUCUGGUGCUGAACUGGAGUAAGGGACAGAACAUUUUCUUGACAGGCAGCAAUUUUGCAAUGGUGCUCCGAUUGGUGAGCCAUGCGCAAAGGAAUGCUAUGGUGACAAAAAGUGCAAAGCCCAAGCUAUCAAAUACAGAUAGCCUCACGUCUGUCUGAACGAUACCUGAAACAAAACCAAAAAAAGGAAGUGUAUAGUGACUUUUGAAAUACCCUGCAUGUCAGAUUAUGGUUACUACUGUCAAUUUAUAUUAAAAAUCCAAAGAGUUACUUUGAAAUGUCUUAUUAUGUACACGCUGCAUUGACUAUUAAAUCCUAUGGUGUUAUAUCUGUGGACUUCUUCUACAGCCCUUUGAAAGAGCAUGGAAGCACUCUUUUAGCCACAGAAUAUUGAUGUACUGUGCCAUUGUGCACCUAUGUAUUAUUUGUAAAUGUAUCUACUGUAUGUAUUAGGCAUUUAUUCAAUGUAAACUGCAGUGAAGGAAUACUAUUUUAAUAUAAAUCUCAAAAGCUUAAUGUACUCAGGUUUCAUCAUAACAUCAGUUUUUGAUUUUACAGCAUCUUUUUUUGAAACAUUUGUACAUAGAAAAAAGCAAUACCUCUUUAUAUAUAGCUAUAAUUAGUUUAAGUAAUAAUUGUUGAAUAUCUGUAUUCAGUUGUCUUAAUGCAUCCCCAUUUUCUGUCCCUAGAAAUAAAAUGUCAUAUAAAACAAAUGAAACCAAACCCUUG